GGAAAACAAAUUCUCCAGAGCAACAAGUGACUCUGCCAUCAACUUUAAUAUAUUGUUAGCCAACUCAGAAGCCCACAUUUUUCCAACUUUCCUAAAAAUGCCAAGCACAAAUUAGCUCUUGUUCAAUCCACUGCGCGCGCUUCUGUAACGAAAACGGAUUGCGAUGAUCGUGUCCAACGUGAGCUUCAGCGGCUGCACGAGGGCCAAUAGCGCGCUGUGUACUGGUGCUGCAGACAGGCACCUGGAACACAAUUUAUCCCGCACCACUCUCAGCCCGACCGGGAACCUGCUAGUCUCAGUGUGUUUGGGCUUUAUUGGUACCUUCGGAUUCCUCAACAACCUCCUGGUUCUCGUCCUCUUCUGCCGCUACAAGGUGCUGCGCUCGCCUAUCAACUUGCUACUGAUUAACAUUUCAUUCAGUGAUCUGCUGGUGUGUGUGGUGGGAACUCCGUUCAGUUUCGCGGCAAGUACACAGGGAAGAUGGCUCAUAGGAGAAAGUGGGUGUGUAUGGUACGGCUUUGCCAAUUCACUAUUAGGCAUCGUGUCCCUCAUCUCCCUGGCCGUGCUCUCCUACGAGCGUUACACUACCAUGAUGGGUCCAACCGAGGCCGACUCCACCAACUACCGGAAGGUAGCCUUGGGCAUCGCUUUCUCCUGGGUCUACUCACUGAUGUGGACCCUGCCACCUCUCUUCGGCUGGAGCCGCUACGGCCCCGAGGGGCCCGGCACCACCUGUUCAGUGGACUGGAUGGCCAAGAGCGCCAACAACGUCUCGUACAUCAUCUCGCUCUUUGUUUUCUGCCUCAUCGUCCCCUUCCUGGUCAUAGUCUACUGCUAUGCUAAACUGAUGCAUGCAAUCAAACAGGUUACCGCCAUCAACACAGCUAUGAGCAGGAAGAGGGAGCAGCGUGUUCUCGUCAUGGUGGUAGUCAUGGUGAUGGUGUACCUGAUGUGCUGGUUGCCGUAUGGGGUCAUGGCCUUGCUGGCUACCUUCGGACGCCCUGGCCUGGUCACCCCCGAGGCCAGCAUCGUCCCCGCGAUCAUGGCCAAGACCAGCACGGUCUUCAACCCUGUUAUCUAUAUCUUCAUGAACAAGCAGUUCCACAGGUGUUUCCGAGCGCUGCUGAGGUGCCAAGAGCCUCAGCGGGGUUCCAGCCUCAGGUAUUCCUCCAAGGCACCGCCCAAAGCCGCCCGAGGCAGUGCCCGCAAAACCAACCAACACAACUUAACUUUCAUGGUUGCCUCACUUGGGCAGCCCACCAGCGACGUCCCCCAGCUGGGGAAUGCAACCCUGGACUCAGCCGCCCCUGCUUACUCUGACAUGGUCAGGCCCACCAUUGUGUCGCUAGUGGCCCACUACAACGGCGUUCUGGGGCGAACAGGGGUUACAACCCCUAGGAACCAAUUACAGGGAGGGGAGGAGGAUCCAGAGGAGUCGUCAAAGUGGAUUUAGUGCUGUCAGUAUGAUGGACAGCAGGCUAUAAAAUCUGAAUGCCUCUGGACUCUUUGGAAGGGGAGCCGCAGGAGCUGCUAGUGCAUCUUGAGGAAGGACAUCAAUCUGUCUGGGUCUGCACAAGCUUAUACAUUCUGUCGCCGUUUACUAGCUCAAAUACACCUAUGGACCGAGAGUGGGGAGAGAAUGGUGCGAAGAACCCCAAUUUAUUUUGUGCAAUUUCUAAUGUUUUGUAAAAUAUAUUAGUUCCAUGACAUGUCGAUGUGAUUUCACCCUCUGUCAGUGUACCUUUAUAGUGCAAAAAAACAGAGAGAGAUGAAGAGUGUAUUUUUGUACUGAGCGGAGAUUGGAGUCACAGAUUGAGGGAACUCAAGUAUUUCAAGUAUUUUCAGGGGACACGUUUCAAAGGUGUGAAGAUGACAAAGCGCUCAGAAAAAAAAGAAAAAAACCCACAAAAGGUAACGAGGAAAUUGAACUGUUAAUGAAUUCUUAGCAUUGAUCCAUUGCUGUAUUACAUUUUCUAUCAAAUAUUUUAAAUUGGUUUCAUCACUCGACACUUAAAACGUAUUCAACUGUAACUAGUCACACGUUACUUGUUGUAUAUCAUUAAUCAUAAACAUAGGUAGCAUGUCUGGUAUGUAUACUUCUUCAUUUUAUGUAAAUAUGCAAAAAAGUACAAAAAACGACUUAAAACGUCCAGGUGAUAAAAUGUGGAGGCUGGAGGUUCAGGGUUAGAAAAAAGGGUUCCUAAAAGGUUCUUUGGUUGUCUUACACCAAACUUGGCAUGAUCCUCAAUUUCACAGUAUUAUUCCAACCUCAUAGUGUGAAAAUCACAUUUUUUAAAAUUGCACUGGGCCUUUAAACAACUUUACAGCAUUAUGAUACAAUAGUUUGUUUCAUUUCAUGUGAAAUAUGAUUGCAGAUUUUAUGAUUUAGGCCUACGAUUAGCUAGAUGUCGAGACAGAAUGUGUCUUACUGUAGACAUGGUUAGAUAUCAACCCACUAAAUUAGAAUUGCUAAUGUUAACAUGGGCGUUACUCGCCACCCAUCAUCUUGAUUGGUAAUCAGCAAUUACCCUUUUUAUCACUACCACUACAUCCCUGGUUACAUUUUUUUUUUGCCAGUUUGUGUUACCCACAUUUGGCCAAAACAAGGGACUUCCCGGUUAAGCCUAUAAUGACGUGAAAUGAUUGUAGUACACUUCUGUCGCAUUGUAAAAUGCUUCAAACAAUGCAGGCCUCAUCUAUAUAAAAAAAAAUACUUUGAAGUUAUCAAUUAAAAGGUCUGACAGUAAUUACUUGGAAAGUAUAUGGUGAUAAUAUAUGAAUUACUGCUAGCUACUUGUACUGCUAGCUAGUUUGUUUACUUUGACUAAUUGGUCUAAUUUGAAUAUCAGUUAAGUACUUUGGGACAUCAAACUAUGAAAAGAAUCACGUUUCCUUCAGACCCAAUUGGGUGUGAAGAAUGACAAAGUGCGCGGCUUGUUAUGACAUGACGGUACAAAGAGGAAGUAGAGGAGUCGUUUAAGAGCAUGUGAUCAUGUGAGUUUUACUAUUACUGGCCUUGAGCCUUACAUCAUUUACUGUAGAUGUUGCACCCCAACUUUUGAGGUUAUACCCAGUGUUUCUGGUGGAACUUAAAAUGUGGAUUGGCGCAGCAGUAAGGAAGCCCAAUGGCCACUUCAUGUAUAGUGAGUGCAGUUUGAACAAAGCACACUUUCUGAAUUAUUUUCAUUUCAACUGGAGCACAUUGUUGUUCAAAUCUGAAAUAUAUAUAUUUUUAAAUGUAACCUUUAUUUAACUAGACAAGUCAGUUAACUUAUUUACAAUGAGCUGACAGGAGUCCCACAUUUGCAUAUUGUUUGAAAUGUGUUUGUUUGCUUAGAAUCAGAGAAGUUGAUGUUACACCAUUAAAAAAAAAAAUUAACAAUAGCAUGGUUAUGAAGGAGUUAUUAAAUGCUUGAAUUGACCACGAUGAAUAUGUGUAACCAUUUGUAGUGGAAUAUUAUCUCACUGG